AUGAUCAAGGCAAUCCUCAUCUUCAACAACCAGGGCAAGACACGCUCUCCAAGUUUUACCAGCCCUACACAACAGCAAAUCAUAAGGGAGAUUUUCCAUUGUGUAUCUAAGGGAGAUGAAAAUGUUUGUAAUUUCCUAGAAGGAGGAUUAUUAAUUGGAGGAUCGGACAACAAACCAGUUUAUAGACAUUACACAAUGCUAUAUUUUAUCUCCUGUGUGGAUUCUUCAGAAAGUGAACUUGGCAUUUUAGAUCUCAUUCACGUUCACAAUAUUCUUGCAGAAAUGGUGAUGGGAGGAAUGGUAUUAGAGACCAAUCUGAAUGAGAUUAUUACACAAACUGAUGCACGAAAUAAACUGGAGAAAUCUGAGGCUGGCUUAGCAGGCGCUCCAGCCCAUGCUGUAUCAGUUGUAAAGAAUAUGAAUCUUCCUGAGAUCCCAAGAAAUAUUAACAUUGGUGACAUCAGUAUAAAAGUGUCAACCCUGCCCUCUUUCAAAUCAAAAAUUAAAAAGGCCACUCCCAGGUAA